AAUCUCAAUUUCAUUCCUCUAGCCUGUUUUUGCAUAAUUCUUCACUUGUUUCUCAAACGUCUCAACAAUGGCCGGAGGGAAGAAGACCAAGGCGUCCAAGAAGAAAGGUCCGGCCAAGGCCACGAGCUCUGCGCCUCAACCCUUUCCGUACCUUGAUGGAUCCUUCCUCGAGUUUGGCUCGGAGGAGGAACUCUCCCGGUUCCUCACGCACUUUGCCAAGCGCCCGAUCUCUCCGCCUCGUGUGCUCCCGAAGUUGUUCCACCAACAAAAGGGCAGCAUCAAUCUCUACGACAUAGAGAUUGACUUUCCGACUUUUGCACGGAUCGAAGGGUUGCCCAUCCGAGGCGACGACAUCGCGACGUACGAGGCAGUCAUCAUUCUCGAGCUUGAGAUCACCAACUUGAUCCGCCACAUCGGCGCACCGAUGAUCCACUCGGCCCCACCGGAGAAGCGCCUUCUUCUCUACAUCCUCACCCGGAUCCUCUGCCCCUGGGAUGGCAGCCACACCUCGCUCUUCAACGAGGACUUGAAGGUGAUUCACGCCAUCAUGCACGGCGCCUCCAUAAAUUGGGCGAAAUUCGUCAUGAUUCACAUGACGGAUUGCGCUUCCAUCGCCACUGAGCGGAGCUUGCCGUGCGCCUUCCUCGUCAUGGACCUCAUCGUCUCCACCGACAUCCACAUUGCCGGGCCGAGCACGAUGAUGACGAAGCUCUGGUACAUGGAGCGGAUUGACUCGACGCUACAACGUCAACACCACGACAUGACGGCGUUCUUCCACGGCAUCAACUACGUCCCGCCUCCUUUCGACAGCACCAGCCUCGGCCACAACUUUGAAGGCGAGGAUGAGGACAAUGACUCCUAUGCUCCGUCCUCCUCUCCCGAUGAGGCUGACUUUGAAGAUGCGGUCGACGGCGAUGCCAUGGACAUCGAAGAUGACGAGGAUGAUGACGAGGACAAGGUCGCCGACACCUAGACUCUUCUUAUUAUUUCGUUUCCUUAAUUUGAUUGUAUUUUUUACUUUUUUCUACUCUGUUCUAUUCCGCAUUUCCCUUUCAAUCAAUAAAAGUUUACUUUUAAAUUCUUUUUGUUAAUGUCAAAUGGGGGAAGAUAUAAAGGUUAUACAUAGAU